AUGGAGAUUCGUGACGACGCUGAAGAUCCUGCUCUGUGUGAUCCAUACAGGGUUGCCCAUAACAUUUUCAAUGACGAUAUUGCUAUUGCUUGUAGAAACAAUGUGCUUGUUUACUCAAAAUCCGGGAACUUGAAACUUAAAUGGACUGGUCUUCGAAAAGAUUUUAAUCCUCAUGGGAUCACGUAUGACAACUAUGGCAACAUCCUAGUAACCUGCUAUAAAAACAACCUCGUGUAUAUGUUGGAAGGGGAUGGCGAGGAGGACGUACAUGUCCUGUUAGAUGGACAGAAACACUCCAUGAUAACAAACCCUUGGGCGGUGGCUGUAGAUGUGUCAGGGAGGAUUUGGCUGGCUGGCACCCAGG